AUGAAGUUAUAUUUAUUAAUUUUUAUUUAUACUAUAUCAUGUGUUACUGUAUUUUCAAUUAAAAUUCAAAGAAAUAUUCAUUUUAUUAAUAGUAAGAUAAUAAAAAAUACACAAAAAAAAGAUAAAACUUUAAAGAAACAUAUUAAUUUAAUUAAUAAUGAGAGAAAUUAUUUACAUAAACUUCAAUCAAGUAUAACGAAUAUUGGUAUAAAUUUUGGUAAAAGAAUUAAUCUUUUUAAGUUAUCUAUAAUAAUUUUUACUUUUAGUUCACUUGUAGUAGGCUUAUUUUAUAAAAAGAGAGAAAAAGAAAAAUAUGAAAAGGUAAAUAAUUCAGAAAUAUGCAAUAAGGAACUUUUCAAAUAUAAAUGUAUAAAAUGCAAUUUGGUAAUAUUUCCAGCCAAAGGAAGAGAAAAAAAAUUUUUAAAAGAAAAUUUCAUUUGUCCUAACUGUGGAGAAUCAAAUAUGGAUAAAUAUCUUACUAAAAAAUAA